UUUGCUGCUACAACGGAUCCUUUCCACAUCGACGCUGCUGUUAACGUCACGCCUGUAAGCCGCGCUUGCCCAGCGCUUGCCUCCUCUGCUCUGCUUCUUUCCCCAGUUAGACGCCGCAUUAACAAGGGGGUGCUGAUCACUACAACAAGGGGAAGGAAAAAAGAACUGGAAAUAAGAAGAAACAAGCUGGAGAGGAAGGAAAAACUGUGCAUCAUUCCUUCUCCCUCUAACCCACCUCGCUCAACGCAGCUACAAUACCCCCACUUCUCCAGGCACCCCCUUCCAUCCCCCACCCAACUCUCCUCCUGAAGAAAUUGACGGAUUAUUGGGAAGUGCACGGGAGGCAGGCAGCAGCUGCUUCUGCGUGUGCUCGCUACUGCUGCUGUGUUUUACAAGGAUGGUGUGUGUUCGUUUGCAAUUGCUGCUGUCGCAACCGUGGCUGUCGAGGUUGGAGCGUGUGGCUGGUUAAAAGGACUAAUAAGCUAAUGAAGGCAGCGUGUGUCGUCAAGCUUUUUCAAACCCUGCCAACCGCAUCUGAGGGAAAAAGUAUUACAAAAAUCAAGAGGAGACAACCGCGCUAUUAAGAAAAGAAGAAAGGAGAAGAGUACAAAAGAAGAAAAAAAGGGCUGUCAAGACUGUCGAACCGACCAACUGAUUGAGCCCUAAAAAGUGGACAGAGGAAUACAGAGAAGGGGGAAUGUUCAUUUUGAAUAUUUUCUCACACCUCGAUAACAUACCCUCUUAACCACUGCAAACAAAAAGGAAAAAAAAAACUGUGGAAUGGACUGUGGAAUUUCCAUUUAACCUUCUCCGAUCAACAGCUACUCUUUUUUUUUUUUUUUGCUUUUGGUUUUAGUGCACAAAAAAAUUGUGCAUGUGUGUUUCUGUGGUCGCUUGUACUAUGGAGACUUGGGUAAGGUGUCUAAGAGGGGGAUCAACUGUCGGAUUCCAAGGACAAGCAAGAGAAGAGGAGCCAACAGCAAGAAGCAAGCAAGGGAGCACCACUGCUUUGGGAGCCUGACUGGAUUCCUUUCUGCUGUUUCUUUUUACAUUUUUCUCUUCUUUGUAUCAGCACUGACGGGAAGAAAGAAAGAAACAAAAAAAAAAAACCACUCACAAAAGGCCUUCGAAUCUUACUCUAUGGAUGUAUGGAUUUACAAAAAGGGCUCAACUUGAUUAAGCUCUUUGGCAUCGAUACCCAUUUUAACAGAGUCAGUAAAAAAAAAAAAAGUUCUCUCUGCUGCUCUUGGAUAUAAUUGCAUCCGAUGUGACAGCCACAGCUCUGUCUGAUUGCAAAAGGAGGGAAGCUAUAUCUCUCAGUUCAAGGACCUGUAAUAAUAACUUGAGGUAGGUGUCUAGUGUUUCAACCCCUGUUUGCAUUAAUUUCUAACAUCAACUCUUCCCUCAGUGUUUCAAUACCCAUUUGAUUUGCUUAAUUUCCCAUCAUGACUUUUUCAUACAUGAAUCAAAAAACCAGUCCUGCCCACCCUUUGUCUUUUUACCCCUGACAGUUCAUGGAACUACAAGCAUUACUUGAGUACAAAUCAAGUUUUGUCAUUUUUUCCACCCUAUUUAGUUUCCUUAAUACACUGAUCCCCUUAUCAGCAUUAUCAGACAUCCAGAAACUAUUCUUGUCCCCAAAUCCACCAAACAUCUGCCCCAAACAUUCCCAACCUCCCCCCCAGAUGAUGCUGAAUUAUGAAUGUGCCACAUCAUGAGUCUCCUGGGGCGGGUAGCUGUGCAUCGUGCCAGGAAAGCCGCCCUGCUCUGUGUAGUCUUCCUGAUGGCGCGAGCGUGGAGCAGUGCCUCCCUGGCCUUGGCGGGGGCGGCAGUCUCUUUAGGACCUCAGGGCUGUCCACCCCAGUGUUCCUGUAGUAAUCAGCAGGGGAAAGUGGUGUGUACCCGACGGGGCCUAACACGAGUGCCCCCUGGAAUUCCUGCAAACACGCGACACCUCAAUCUAAUGGAAAACGCCAUUGAGGCGGUGCAGGCUGACUCAUUCCGCCAUCUGCACCACCUUGAGGUGCUUCAGCUUGGGCGAAAUGCCAUAAGGCAGAUUGAGGUGGGCGCGUUCAAUGGACUGACAAGCCUCAACACAUUGGAGCUGUUUGACAACCGGUUGACAGUUGUGCCUAGUGGAGCUUUUGAGUACUUGUCUAAACUAAGAGAACUCUGGCUGAGGAACAACCCCAUUGAGAGUAUUCCAUCUUAUGCCUUCAAUCGGGUGCCAUCACUCAUGCGACUGGACUUGGGAGAAUUAAGGAAACUAGAGUACAUCUCAGAAGGAGCUUUUGAGGGCCUGCAAAACCUCAAGUACCUAAACCUGGGAAUGUGUAACAUAAAAGGUGAUAUGCCAAACCUGAGUCCCCUUAAGGGCCUGGAAGAGCUCGAGAUUUCAGAAAACCUGUUCACAGUGAUAAAACCAGGCUCCUUUACAGGUCUACAUUCCCUUAAAAAACUAUGGGUGAUGAACUCACAAAUCACCGUGAUAGAGCGCAAUGCUUUUGAUGGUUUAUCUUCACUGGUGGAGCUUAAUCUUGCCCAUAAUAAUCUGAGCGCUGUGCCACAUGAUCUGUUCUCCCCGCUCAGGUACCUAGUGGAACUUCACCUUCACCACAAUCCUUGGAACUGUGGCUGUGAGGCUGUUUGGUUAGCACGCUGGCUAAGAGAGUACAUCCCUACAAACUCAACUUGCUGUGGACGCUGUCACUCACCUGUCACGAUGAGAGGUCGACAGCUAGUUGAAGUGGACCGUGGUGAAGGAGCUGCAGUACAGUGCUCUGCGCCAUUCAUUGCUGAUGCACCACGGGACUUAAACAUCUCAGCAGGGAGAGUGGCUGAGCUACGUUGCCGCACAGCUCCAAUGUCUUCAGUUCGCUGGCUCCUACCCAGUGGAAUUAUCUUGACACAUGCCUCUAGCCAUGCAAGAAUAUCAAUCCUCAAUGAUGGUACACUUAACUUCUCAAAUGUUCUGGCAUCAGACACAGGCACUUACAUCUGCAUGGUGUCCAAUGCAGCUGGAAACUCUAAUGCCUCAGCGUACCUCAAUGUAAGUGCAGCUGAACUAAACACAUCUAAUUUGAGUUACUUUACUACAGUGACUGUAGAAGUCUUUGGUCCAACCACUGAGAUGCCCAAGCCUAAGACAACUACAACCACAGCUGCUGCAGGUGCUGGAGUUGCUGGAGGAGGGGGAGUAAGCUUAGGGACAACAACUACAACUGCCUCUCCUUCUGUCUUUCAACCCGUGUUCAUCUCAACACCAACAGUGCUGCUGCAAAAUACUGACAGUCCAGCCAAUGCGGCUAAGCCAUCUGUGUCACCAGGACUUCAAGGUGCCAAAGGCAAACCAGGCAAGUCUGGCCCAAGCUUGGAUGAAGUGAUGAAGACUACUAAAAUUAUAAUUGGUUGCUUUGUGGCUGUAACACUGCUUGCUGCAGUCAUGCUAAUUGCCUUUUACAAACUGAGAAAGCGCCACCAGCAGAAGAGCACAGUGGCAGCUGCUCGCACCGUUGAGAUUAUUCAGGUGGAUGAGGAGGACCUUCCACCACCAGCAUCUGCAGCCCAAGAGUCAUCUCUAACAUUGCCUGAAAUACGGGACCAUAACAGCAUACAUAAACUUGACUUCAUCAGCCACAAGACUGACUACAGUUUUCACAAACCCAAGGCUGAAUAUAAGCCCCAGCCUGAUUUUACACUACACAAGCCGAAGGCUGAAUAUACCACAUACAAGCCAAAUAUGGACUUCAGUAGCCACAAAUCUAUUACAGAUUACAAUACACACAAAUCAACACCAGAUUUCAGCCAUCACAGACCAAAGCCAGACUGCAGUCCAUUUAGACAGGACUACAGCACUUACAAAACUAAAUCAGAAUACAGCCCAUUUAAAUCAGACUUUGGAACUCAUCCAAAGGUUAGAACAGAUUACAGUCCAUUCAAAUCAGACUACAGCACUCAUCCUAGACAGAGAACUGACUUCAGCCCAUUUAAGCGAGACUACAGCACUCAACCGAAACCUAAACAUGACUACAGUCCAUUAAAAUCAGACUACAACACACAACAUAAACCUAAAGCGGAAUACAGUCCGUUCAAAUCUGACUUUGGAACUCACCCAAGAACUAAACCUGAUUACAGCCCAUUUAAACCUGACUACAGCACUCAACCUAAACCCAAAGUAGACUACAGUACCCAGAGACCGAAAACAGAGAUUACCUACAAAACAAAGGACUAUUAUACCCCUCAUAAGACUGCACCUGAUUACAGUGGCUUCCAAACAGAAUUCAGCCCCCACAAAAUGGAUUACAGCGCCUUUAAGUCUGAUUUUAGUCCACACGCUCAAAGACCUAAAGUUGAUUACAGUCCACAUAAAGUGGACUACAGCCCUCAUAAGGUGGACUACAGCACUCUAAAGCCCAAAUACAACACCUAUAAACCAAGUGGGCAGGGAGCUAAAUGGACAGAAAACAAUGUUGGAAACUCUUUGCCUCGAACCCUGCCCAGCACCAUUACAGCAAUGGCUGAGCCCUAUGUCAUAAAAACACAUACCAAGGAGAAGGUACAGGAGACCCAAAUUUAAAAAAGUCCACCUGUUCUGAGGCUCUCGCUAUUUUCCUUAUGUCUUUAGGUUCCACCAAAUUGUUCCACAUCACCCUUUUUUCUUUUGAAUAUAAAAACCAUGCAAUAGAAUGCACAAAAACAAACAAAAAAAAAGAACAAGAACUACUUUUUUGUACAGAGUGCAAACUUUAAAGGACUGAUGGUUCAAUGUUGUACAUGCUUAUAAAUAAAAAUAUAUACGGACAAAAUAAAACUACCAUGGGUUGGUGAUAGAGAAACAUAUAUUAAAAAGAAAUUGAAACUAUUUUCUAACUUGUAACUUCUAUUUAAAAUAAUGAGAUGUUUGAGAUGCUGUCUUGACUUUGACAAAUGAGGGUAGUUGUUUUAAAAUGGGGCAUUCUGUGUGAUUUUUACACCAUGCUACAAAGAAAGCGGCGGCAAGAAAGAAUAUUUAUACAGAGAAGACUUUCUUUAACAAAAACCGAAAAAAGGUCAGUGUCGAUCUUUACAGGUUUAUCUUGUAAAAGCACCAAGAAUUUGUACUGUGCCAAAUGUUAUAAAUGCAAUAAAAAGGAUUUUUGGAAGAAAAACGAAAA